AUGCAGGCCGUCAGGCUAUACGUGGAGAGGGGCGGUUCUCUCAUCGCCUUUGGUGCGACGACUAGCGUACGGCAGCAACGCAGUGCGAGAUCGAACUUAGAAGAUAUGGUUAAAAAUAUGGGUGUACAUGAAGAUCAUUCGCUCCAUUUUGUAGACGAAGCUUCGGGAACAUGCAUCGAUCUCAAGUUCGGCGUGCGUUCCGACGACUCUGCCCAGCCGAUGGAGAUCAAGAUGCCUGAUGGUACUCGUGUCGAUGGUGUCUUGUCCUCCGGAAAAUCUGGUCCAUCCGACAUUGCAGGCGGAGUGGACAUGGAAGUGCUGGCAGAGUACGCAGAUGGCGCAAGCCGCAACGGGGCGGCCGGCAUAAGCUGCCGCAUUUCCAACGGCAGAGCAGCUUUCUGGGAUUUAUAUGUUGAGUAUCCGCUCACAGCAGAACCUGCAUGCUCGAUUCUUAUGGUGUCUACCCCCACUAUAUCUGCGGCGCAAGUCGGCGCUGCAGAAAGGCAACGGCAAACUCUCGUACAUUUCACACUCGAACGCCUAGGUCUCCAGCUUCCCGCACGUUCAUCGACUUCCCGCGCGGUUCCUCUCCCUCAAAUUCUGACUGCGCACCCCUCAAGACCAGAAAUAGUAGCCGAAAUAUUGACGGCUCUAUCUAUCCCUGACGUUUCGGCAUCAUCGCACAUCCUCCGCGAUAGCAACGAUACCUUCUAUUUCCACGAUUCUUUGAAAGGCCGGGAGAUUCUGGAUGAAGCUCGUACAUUGGCUGAUACAAAUCACGACCCGUCAAACUGGCAGCCCAAACAUGUUAUUGCAUUUUUGGAUGGGAAGUUGCCUUCGCACCACGAAACUCCACUUUUCGACAUGAAGCAGUAUUAUGAUGCACUUUAUGCUACCCACUCAGAGGCCGAUUUGAAGUAUACUGCAGGCGAGUGGGGAAUGGGAGAAGCGCUGCUUUACGGCGAAGUCGUCACAAGUACCCAGACGCUGCUGGACAAAAAUCACACUUUGCUGUCCUCAUUUCCGACGCCACUCCUCUCACUCGCGACACAUCAGCUAGCCGGUCGGGGGCGGGGCUCAAACGUCUGGAUUUCGCCCCCAGGUUGCCUCCUAUUUUCGCUCUUGCUACGCGUCUCCCUGUCUGCUCUACCCGCGGUUCGUCUUGUGUUUGUGCAAUACCUCUUUGGCCUUGCCGUGGUCGAGGCGUGCAGGUAUUCGGAUAUUUUGGGCGCACAUGGAGAGAGCGUCAGGUUGAAAUGGCCAAACGAUAUCUAUGCAGGGAUCGGAGAGGAAAAGAAGAAAAUCGGAGGUAUAUUAGUGCAUACAAGCUUCUCCGAGGGGAAGGUCGACAUCGUCAUCGGAUGUGGAUUGAACGUCCUGAACUCACCGCCGAUCACAUCACUAGCACAACUCGUGCCGGAAGGGUCAGACAUACAGCUUAGCGCGGAACGAACCGUGGCGGUCAUCAUGGCCCAAUUUGAAAAAAUGUGGGGGACCUUUCUCGCAGAUCAUGGCUCGUUUGACGCUUUCAUGGACCUUUACCUUGACCGAUGGCUGCAUUCGGACCAGUUGGUAACGCUGACCACGGUAAAUCCACCCAUGAAGGUUCGUGUGGUUGGGAUCACGAGCGACCAUGGGAUGCUCCGCACCAUACCGGAGCGAAAUGUAUGGUCAGGGGAAAGCGGUCCACGUGUGAUGGAUUCUGCGGUUUUGGCACGUUAUUUCACUCAGAACCCACGUUAG